UAUGUUGAUAUUAAAGCAUUAAAUAUUUAAAAAGUAGUGUUAAAUUAAGAAAAUGAAGAUAAGCAGUAGAAGUAGAAAUGAUAUUGGGUGAUGUAUUUAAUUAUUAAUUAAUAAAAAGAUGAGAAGUUAUAUACGUAUUUGUCUUUGUCUUUUUGUAUGUUUUUCCCCUGAAUCCUUACCAUAGAAUCUCUACCAAAAUAGCUUCCCCUGUCCAUUCCACAUGAUUAAAAAUUAAUACUGCCCUUGAGCCUCCUCAGCUAACCACCACCAGCGCCCCCACAUGGCUCCUGCACCGAACCACUUCCUCCUCUUCGCUCUCCUUCUACUCCUUACAUACGCAGCACACACCAGAGAAACUCCACCUCCCACUCCCCAACGAAUCAUUGCACCACCGCCGCCCGACAACUACACUGACACCUCGCCGCCUUUCAGACCAGGCAUAGCGGUGGUCGUAUGCGUUUUGACCACCAUAAUCUCCCUCACCUCGCUCCUCCUUCUUUACAUCAAACACUGCAACGGCGGCACCAUCCACAGCGGCGGGAGCUCGAUUCCGUGGACCGUGGCGCCGUUCUCCGGGAGAAAGAACUCCGGCAUUGACCGGUCCGUAGUGGAAUCGCUUCCCGUUUUCAGAUUCGGAGCGCUGCGGGGACAAAAGGAAGGGCUGGACUGCGCCGUGUGCCUGACGAAGUUCGAGGCGGCGGAGGUUCUCCGGCUGUUGCCGAAAUGCAAGCACGCGUUCCACGUCGAGUGCGUGGACACGUGGCUGGACGCGCAUUCCACGUGUCCUCUGUGCCGGUACCGCGUGGAUCCGGAGGACAUUCUUCUGGUGGAGGACACAAAGCCUUUCCGGUGCCAAACUCAGCCACAGCGGAACAGCCAGAACAACAACAGGAACCAGGAACGCGCGCGGUUGAAUAUGGACGUGGAGAAGCAGGAGAUUGGGCGGAGGCAUUCGUCGGUGGGGGAGAGGGGAACGGAGGAGCAGAGUCGGAGAUGGACGACGUCGUUUAGGAGGUCGUUGGAUAGCGCCACAUCGAGGAAAAAGAACGAGAGCGUUGGUGUUGUUGGGUUUGGUUGGUUUGUACGUGGCAGAAAAGACGGGAUGUUGUUGACGCAAGAAACGGAGAGAGAGGGAAACAGGACAAGCGCGGAACGGAGGUUGGAACACCGGAUCAUUGUCUCCCCGGGCCCGGAGGCAGGCCCAGGAAAAAUGAAAAUGAAUGGGGUCCAGCAGAGAUGGAGCGACGUGCAAGCUUCGGACCUGCUGUAUCUGACGUCGGAGAUGAUAAUGAGCGAGGCGCAAUGGAACACGCGCGGAGGAGGAAGACGAAGGGGGACGCGCCGUGCAAAUGAUGACGAGGUUGAGGACAGUUGGAGUGGCAGAGGGAUAAUAAAUUCGAGAAGUGUGUCUGAGAUCACGGGAUUGAGCAGGUUCUCCAGCAAUAGCAAUAAUAAUAACGAGGAGGACACAGAGAGACAGAGAGACAGAGAGUGGGAGCAACAAGGACAAGGACAUGGAGAGAGAGAAAGAGAAAGAGAAAGAGAACAGGGUCUGGUGAGAAGGUGGUUGGGUUGGAUUUCCAAGUCUCACACACAUUCCCAAACCCAACCAUCGGUACGGUAGCAACUUCCGGGCUCCCUUUCUCUUCCCUCUCUCUCACAAACAGACAAACCACUCCAUUCAUUCAUCAAUCCUCCUUUGUAUCUUAGCCUAGCUUAACAUAGGAUUUCUCACUCCCAACACAACACAACACAAUAUUAACUCACUUUCUUCAUUUUUUCUUUUUCAUUUCUCUCUUACUUUAACUUUGUGCAACUCAUAAAAGGAGGCACGUGGAUGGAAGGGACAUCAUCCUGCACCAGUGUGCAUGAAUGGGAUACGGAUACGGAGAGAGAGAUCCCUUCUCUCUUCUCUCUUCCUCAAUUAUUUCUUCUCUCACUCACUCUCCAUGCACACACACACUUUUUAACUAUUUUUCUUUCUUCCAUGCCUUUUCCUCUGUAAAUAUCAAACACAUUCCAUAUUAAAUUGCCUCCCUUUGUCGUUUCU